CAACCAGUGGCUCCCCUGGUCCCUGCAAAGUUCACCCUGUAUAGGUGAGUAACAACAAACACAGAUCUAAUCAUGUCAAAGUCUAAGGAUUCAGGCUCUUCAGUCAUGCAUCAUCAGCAGAUGCAUGCUGCCAUGGCCGACACUUUCCUCGAGCACAUGUGCUUGUUGGACAUCGACUCCGAGCCCACUGUGUCUCGCAACACUGGCAUCAUCUGCACAAUUGGACCUGCCUCCCGAUCUGUGGAUAUGGCCAAGAACAUGAUCAAGUCUGGGAUGAACAUUGCAAGAAUGAACUUCUCUCAUGGCACACAUGAAUACCAUGCUGAGACCAUCAAGAAUGUCCGUGAGGCAACGGAGAGCUUUGGAAAUGGCUCUGUGGACUACAGACCAAUUGCCAUCGCUCUGGACACCAAGGGACCAGAAAUCAGGACUGGACUUAUCAAGGGCAGUGGCACUGCUGAGGUUGAGCUGAAAAAGGGAGAAACCAUCAAGAUCACACUUGAUGACCAGUUCAUGGAGAAAUGCGACGAGAAGGUGCUGUGGCUCGACUACAAGAACAUCACCAAGGUUGUGGAGGUCGGAAGACACAUCUACGUUGAUGAUGGUCUGAUUUCCCUUAAGGUCAAGGAAAUUGGCAAAGACUUCCUGAUGUGUGAAAUUGAGAAUGGCGGUAGCCUGGGCAGCAAGAAGGGUGUCAACCUGCCCGGAGCUGCUGUUGACCUGCCUGCAUUGUCUGAGAAGGACAUACAGGACCUGAAGUUCGGCGUGGAGCAGGGUGUUGAUAUGGUCUUCGCCUCCUUCAUCCGUAAGGGUGCUGAUGUUCAUGCUGUUAGGAAAGCCCUGGGUGAUAAGGGCAAGGACAUCAAGAUCAUCAGCAAGCUGGAGAACCACGAGGGUGUGCGCAGAUUUGAUGAGAUCCUGGAGGCCAGUGAUGGCAUCAUGGUUGCCCGUGGAGAUCUGGGUAUUGAAAUCCCAACAGAGAAGGUCUUCAUUGCCCAGAAAAUGAUGACUGGCAGGUGCAACAGGAUCGGCAAGCCCAUCACCUGUGCCACACAGAUGCUGGAGAGCAUGACCAAGAAACCCCGCCCCACUCGUGCUGAGGCCAGUGAUGUUGCCAACGCCGUGCUGGAUGGCAAUGACUGCAUCAUGCUGAGUGGUGAGACUGCCAAGGGAGACUACCCCCUGGAGGCCGUGCGCACACAGCACAUGAUUGCCCGUGAGGCUGAGGCAGCCAUGUACCACAGGCAGAUGUUUGAGGAGCUGCGUCGCACCAGUCAUCUGACCCGUGACCCCACAGAGUCCGUCGCUAUCGGCGCCGUUGAGGCUUCCUUCAAGUGCCAUGCCAGCGCCAUCGUUGUGCUCACCAAGUCCGGAAGGUCCGCCCACUUGCUGUCAAGGUACAGGCCCCGUGCCCCCAUCAUCGCUGUGACCCGCUGUGGCCAGGUCGCCCGCCAGGCUCAUCUGUACCGCGGUAUCUACCCCGUGCUGUACACCAAGCCCGCUAACGAUGUCUGGGCUGAGGAUGUUGACCUGCGUGUGAACUUUGCCCUGGAAGUUGGCAAGCACCGCAAGUUCUUCAAGACUGGUGAUGUUGUCAUCGUUGUGACUGGCUGGCGCCCAGGCUCCGGUUACACCAACACCAUGAGAGUUGUGCUGGUGCCUUGAACUUCAUCAAAGGACAUUAGUAACAACCACCCCUCCCCUCUCCUGUAACCUGCCUUCCCCCUGUGUUGGACUUUUCUUUUCUGUCGGCCUUUGUGACUGACAGAAAGUCAAAACCAGUCAAAAAAGGCCUUUUGAUGGUGUCAUUCACAGAAAGUAACUCCAUGAUUCCUGGUUAACCCAUAUGAGCAAUUUAUCAUCUAAGUCCUGCUGCCAGAGACUGAACCUUUUAUUGGAAACUCGUCAGUCAUGUGUGUGCCUGACUGCGUUUGCAUGUUGUGCAAAAUGGAGAUAAGUGCUCUUCUGCAUGCACUGUAAACUAGACUCCAAAUGUCUAGGCAUCAGGAAGUACAAGUGCAGAUUUGUACUGUAUUUAUCUUCUCCAGUGUUUCAUUCAGAACCGAUAGUCGGUACAUAGUAUCACCAUGAAAUGAUUUGGCAUGAGUGGGUUUCCAUCCAUUAAAAGAAACUCUUGGCUCAAC